AUGUCUAAGGAUACGCAGAUUAAACGAUUAUCAGCUUUGGUGGAAACUUGCUUCGAUAAACUUUCAAAAUACAAUAAUGCAAGUGAAGAAUUCGAAAAAAGAAAAAAGCAUGCAUCAUCGUCAAGUACUAAAUCGACAACAGGCGCCACAAUUCUAAAAAAUUCUCAACAAUUACAAACAGAUGGAGAAAAUAUACAGGAAGCGGCGAUAAUAACACCACCCCCAUUAGAUAAUUUUCCUCUUCCUCCUCCCGAUAAUAGUGAUAAUGAUGCUGAUGAUAAUCGAAAAUUUAGCAUUUUUCGAAAUUCAAUACUAUCAAAACUCGGUCUAAAUCGGAACAUGCAAGACGAAGAAAACGAUGACACUAUUAAAUCAAAACGAAAAGAGAGAUUAGGAAAUCAAGCAAAAGAGAUAGCACAGCAAUUGUUACGUCGGUAUAACCAUCAUUUCGCUUCAUUAGAGACAUUUUUUACCGCCUACAUGACAAAACUUGAGCAAAGAUAUACAAAGAAUACGAAUUUUCCUCCCGUUUGGGAAAAUACCGAUAUCCCAAUGCAUCCAGAGACUGAACAACAGCUGGUCGCGGCGUUUGAUCAAUAUUCUUCUACUGUAUUAGCAGUUGACGGAAUUUAUUGGCGAGCUGAUAGUCUAAGGCAACAUAGUUUUUAUGUUAAAAAGAAUGGAAAAUGGUUCAUUGAGGGAAUAAAUCGUAUCCAAGCGAGAGCAUUUGACUAUCUUGCACAAUAUGAUAGGAUCAUUGCUUUGGCACCGGAAGGCACAAGUGGAGUUGUAUUAAUGCCAUUAAAAAUGAGAGAAAAGGCGCAAGCAAAACGGAAAGAAAAAAAUGUUAAAAACCUUUUUUGUGUUAAUCCAAAGAAUUUAGACACUUAA